UGAAUUCCAGACGAAUUUGGUGCCUUACCCCAGGAUCCACUUCAUGUUGACCUCCUAUGCGCCGGUGAUCAGUGCCGAGAAGGCCUACCAUGAGCAGCUCUCAGUGGCGGAGAUCACCAUGUCCGUCUUCGAGCCGGCCUCGAUGAUGGUGAAGUGCGACCCUCGCCAUGGGAAGUACAUGGCCUGCUGCAUGAUGUACCGAGGCGACGUGGUGCCAAAGGACGUCAAUGCGGCUGUGGCUACGAUCAAGACCAAGCGCACCAUCCAGUUCGUUGACUGGUGCCCCACGGGCUUCAAGUGCGGCAUCAACUACCAGCCACCCACUGUGGUGCC